CCGUGUUGUGGUUUUCGCUCCUCUUCGAGGAGCCGGUGAGCUCGUUCUUGGUUGAUAUCUUCCAUAUUGUUGCGUGCUGUUCGUUGGUGCAGAGCCCGAAAUGAAGAGGAGUUCAUCCGUCGCUAACGAGUGAACGGAUGCAAAUCACCGUCCCAAUGAGGGAGAGCGGAACAAAUAAUUCGAACACGAUGCCGCCGAACGACAAUUCUGCGCCGGUGGAAAAACAGGCGAAAAUCCACCUGAAAACUUUCCUGGCGCAAAGAGCCGAUAUGCUGGAGUUAUCCCAGAGUGCAAUCUACCUAUUGAGCGCAGUACCGGCUGCCAGAUCGGCGGUUCUUGAGUACAUGGAGCAAGUUUUCGAUUGUGCGGUCGACAGAUCCCAGUCCGAACAGGACAACUCUCAGACGACACUCGUUAUCCAACAACUCCACCAGACCCUAUUUUCUCUGGUUAAGAACUCGCCCAGCAUCUGGGCUCCGUUGGUAUCACCAUGGUCGUUGCAACUGUUGGGAUUCCUGUCGUCGAAGUAUUCAGACAGACGUUCGCCCAACUUGAGCGAAGUCAUGCAAAGGUGGAUGUCCUGUCCUCCGAUGCGUUCUCUGAUCGAUCUCACCUCCCACUGUAUGAUGAACGCGGUGGACAUGGACACAGAUAAAUGCAUAAAUGCUCUACUCGAUACCACGAUCAAGUAUUCGCCGCACUUCGACUGGGUCGUUGCGCACAUCGGUUCUUCGUUCCCUCACACUGUCAUCACGCGAGUCCUGGCCGUGGGCCUGAAGCACUUCAUGACGCACGAGAAGGGUCCUGACAACAACAACAAACUCGUGUCCGUCGUCGCUAUUCUCGGUCAUCUCGCUGGCCAACAUUCCGCCGAUAUCAAGAAAGCCCUGACAGAUAUGAUCGCCGUCAGCCUGAACGAUCAACCCGAUAAAGAACAGCUCGCCGUCAUCCCCUACCUGAUUGAGCUGUGCCUAAUGUCCGAACUACUGCUGACUUCAAUCGUAAGCGAUUUACCCCACACACUGAACACGACGAAUCUGAACAUCCUCGUCAACCACGGACAGCUCUGGAAGGCCAACAAGAUAUCAGCCAUGCAUAAUUCGGAGAAAGUUCUCGUCGAACUCCUGCUCAAGUGCGGUCGUAACGAACACGAAGCUCUGGCAUUGCUCUCCCUGGCCCUUCGAAUAAAACAGGGAAAAAUCAAUGGACUCCAUCCCGCCGCCGAGGAGUACGCGUCUUCCUUCCUCCAUUCUCUGCUCGAAGAAUUGCAGAAACGCGUCUACGCAAAAGCGUCUGUGCCCUUGCUCAUGUCGUUCGAGUUGCACGCGAAGGAGCUCCUAAAUCAGCUGGAUCUCAAGUGUCUUUGGACAAUCAGCUUCAUUUCUCUGGUCUGUCUUCACUGCUCUGAGAAAAUGAGAUUUCUCGUGGAGAUGCUCACGACAAAAACGGAUCCGUCCACUUUCAUACAGAUCAUGUCACACAUCGAAACAAGCCAUCCCACGGUUCUCGUUGACACCCUCGACGCGCUGAUCGUUGAGCUCCGGUCGGGAAGAAUAGCGGAUCCCAUUCUCGUACUUCACAAUCUCAGUAAGCUGGUGACGAUCGAACCGAGGACGCAGCAAACCCUCUGGAAGUUUGCUGAAACCCUUUCGCUGCAUUCGAGCGAGUGCAACCUCGAGUACACGGCGGAGAUCGUGCGACUUCUCGGGGUGUGCGGCUUGCCCACGGAGGAGGUUCCGGAAUCGGUUUUAUAUAAAAUUAUCUGCGGUGCAGCUGUCGUGUUUUUUGCAGCGGCCAGAAUCCAGAACGACGUCGAACGGAAGGCUCUAUGGAUAUCUUCGGCUCUGAAACUGCUCUCGACGACUUGUGGCAAUGAGCUCGCGCAACAGAUGUCGCUCCGGUUGCUCCUCGACGGUGUCAUGGACCCUUCGACUUCGAAACUUUUCGGAGCUAUGCCGCGAGAAGCGGAUCGAGUGCCGAAACAGCUCAGGAUGACAUCGCUGCUAGAGGAGAACCGCAAGAUCGUCGCGUCAUUCAACUUCCAUCAGAGCCACAGCUCGAUCAUGAGAGCCGGGGUCGUCGGAGACGGACUUCGCGCCGGGCGGUGCACGCAGACGAAGAUUCUCGAUUCUCACCUGAUCAAAGAAAACCAAAAAUGUUUCCUUAAAACCCUGAAGGUCUGCUGCGGCAAAGACAAAUCGCGUGGAAUGACAAGCAUAGCAACCGUCAUCUGCGAUAUAGUCAAUCCUGACGUGAUGUUCAACAAACCAGCCUGGCCCACCGAAGAUGUUCUUAAAGCGACCCAGGAGAAAGAUGUUGAAAUCCGUGAAAGUUUCAAAGCUAAUCCCAUGCUCUGGAAAAUCCUCAACAUGGUGGCGAUCGAAGACCCGAUGGCGCUGAAGAGCGCUGCGGUAUUGAUCCGCUCGCUACUCGGUUGCCAAAUGACGUUUUGGAAGAACUCCCAGGAUUCGUACAUGAGUCCCGAGCAGAAAGAAAUCACUGUCAGAGUGGUGAAACUCAUGGGUGUAGGGAAGCUACUCCCCAGCCCAUUGGCUGAUCUGCCGCUGAUCGUGGAUCACUUAAAUUCAUAUCAUAUGUAUUGUCUACUGAACGAUAUCUGGAACUAUAUGCGGGAAUGCAGCGAGAACCUGAACGAAGAAGACGCUGUCCCGAGUCGAUUUACGACAAAUCUGCGCAUCAUCAUGCUGAACAAAAUCGAUAGACUCGGUCCAGUGUAUGCUAAAAUGUUCAAAGUUGUCUAG